CUGGAGGACCGCGGGUUUCCCGACGCGCUGGAGGACGCGCUGGGGAUUCGCGCGCGCGACGGCGACGACGAGGCGAAGCGCGCGAAUCGGUGCGCGAAGAAGAUUAUGAGAGACUUGUUGGGCACCGUCGCCGCGCUGCACGACAUCGGCAUCGUGCAUCGAGACUUGAAACCGUCGAAUUUGGUGCUCAUGGGCAAGCGAUUCAAGCUCAUCGAUUUCGGCGCGGCGUGCGAUCUGCGAAGCGGAGAGAAUUACGACCCCGAGCAAGGGUUGUUAGAUCCCAAAUACUCUCCGCCCGAGCAAUUCAUCAUGUCUGAAAAGACGCCCGCGCCGCCCCCGCUCGUCGCCGGCGUCCUCGCCCCGCUUCUGUGGACCAUCGCGCAGCCGCAACUGUUCGACUCGUACUCCGCGGGUUUGAUUCUCCUCCAGCUCGGCGUUCCGCAGCUUCGCGGGAAGAACGUCAUGGCUCCGAACGGCGCCUUUCAAAGGCGUCUCGAAGACGCCGGUUACGAUUUACGCAAGUGGCGCGCCGACGUCGAGUCGGCUCUCAACUGGGACUUUUCCGCCCUCGACGUCAACGGCGGCAUCGCGUGGGAUUUAGCUUGCAGGCUCGUCACCAAGCGUAAUAUUUUGCGUCGCGGCAGGCUCGACGUCGGCGCCGCGCUCGCGCACCCAUUCUUACUCGCCUAG